UCGUUCUUAUCAGCCGGGUAUAUAAAGAAGCAAACGGUUGAUUCCACCGCAAUUUAUUCAGUUCAGCGGGCACCACACACCACACAACACAGGAAAAAUGACCAAGACAAGAGUAUACGUUAUCGGCGUCGGCAUGACCAAGUUCGAGAAGCCCGGCCGUCGUGCUGAUGUCUGCUAUCCGGAUUUUGCCAAGGAGGCCAUCACCAAGGCUCUGCAGGAUGCCAACAUCAAGUACGAGGAGGUGCAGCAGGCGGUGACUGGUUACGUCUAUGGCGACUCCACCUGCGGCCAGCGUGGACACAUACUCCACCCUUACUGGCCUAUAAUCUCAAUCAUGUACCAACAGUAUUUUGACCGUGCCAAUCCCAUGGAGCGUCACAUCACCGAGAUGAGCGAACUUACCGAAAUUGGACCUGGACCCAUGGCUGCUCAGAUCUUUGGGAAUGCUGGCAAGGAACACAUGAAGAAGUAUGGCACCAAGCCCGAACACUUUGGCAAGAUCGCCUGGAAGAACCACAAGCACUCCGUCAACAAUCCCUACUCACAGUUCCGCGAUGAAUACACUCUGGAGCAGAUUAUGAAGUCGCCUCAGGUGGUCGAGGGAGUGCUGACCAAACUGCAAUGCUGCCCCACCUCCGAUGGAUCUGGUGCUGCCAUCCUCGCCUCCGAGCAGUUCGUGCGUCGCCAUGGCCUCGAGAAGCAAGCUGUGGAGAUUGUGGGCAUGGAAAUGGCCAGUGACCCAGCAUCCACAUUCGCAGACAAGAGCCUCAUGAAGAUCGCUGGCUACGAUAUGACUGCUUUGGCCACUCAGCGUCUGUUUGCCAAGAGCGGCUACAAGCCACAGGAUGUGCAGGUGGUGGAGCUCCACGAUUGCUUCUCCGCCAACGAGCUGGUGACCUACGAGGCAUUGGGCUUGUGCGGCGAGGGCAAGGCUGGCGAGUUCAUUGAUCGCGGAGACAACACUUAUGGCGGCAAGUUCGUGGUGAACCCCAGCGGUGGACUCAUCUCCAAGGGUCAUCCUCUGGGAGCCACUGGCCUGGCCCAGUGCGCUGAGCUGUGCUGGCAGCUGCGCGGUCUGGCCGAGAAGCGCCAGGUGACCGGUGCCAAGCUGGCGCUGCAGCACAAUCUGGGACUGGGUGGCGCUGUGGUGGUGGCUCUGUAUCGCUUGGGCUUCCCGGGAGCAGCCAAUGCCAAGUUGUAAAUGGCAUUUAGGAUUGGAUUUUGUACAUAAAAUAUUAACUAUUAAACGUGAA